AUGGCUGGUCUGCUCGGUGUCACAGUCUGCUCGUGGAUGCUGUGCAUCUGUGGAUUGCUGGGCUCUACAUGGACCUACCCCUCCCUGUAUGGGCCGGAGUGUACCGGUGACAAGCUUGUGCAAUUGCAUCCACUGCCGGCAGGAUGCACGAUUUCUGUCAAUUCAGGAAGUGGUGGGCAGUGCGGUACGGUACAGCGAAUUGUCCAUGAUUUGACUGAUAUGUUGGUCCAUAUAGUUUGGACGUUGUUCCGGGUGGCUUUCUACAGGUGCGGUAUUCAGUACAUGAAUGUUCAUGAUUCGAUCGAUGAAUUCACAUUCAACUACAUAGGGUUUAGCCCUGUGUCAAUGAUAAUUAUGCGUGGAUAA